ACCAACCUGACGAGCACGGGCCUUCCCAACUACUCUGUGGAGAUGAUGCCCAAACCUGAAUCCCAAGGGUUUUCUAUCAUCUCCACACUGUCGUCUAUCUACUUCGUCCUGUCCUACAUGCCGUUUGUCACAACUCUCACCGUCUACCUGGUGUCAGAGAAGGAGAAGAAGAUCAAGGAGUCCAUGAAGAUGAUGGGACUGAACAGCAUGGCUUUCUGGACAAGUUGGUUGGUUGUCUACAUGACGAUCAUCAUCCUUGAGUCAUUGGUCUGCAUCGGAAUCUCCUACGCUGCUGGGUUAUUUUCCAAAACCAACUUCUUCCUGUACUUCAUCACGUUUUUCCUGUAUGGACUCAGCAUGGUCAACAUCGCAUUCGUACUAACGACAUUCUUUGACAAAGCAAGGACUGCAGGGGCAGUGGCAGCCUUGUCUACACUGUUUGUCAGUGCACUAGUUCUUCCCAUCUCCCUCUUACCUGACGACAUCCCACAAGCUGCACAGUGGGCCUUGUGUAUCUUCUCACCUUGUGCCUUUGCAACUACAAUCAAUCAGGCUGCUAUUUUGGAACGUACAGUGGGUGGCCAGUUCUCCAACAUUGCAAGUGAGCCGGCCAACUUCCCAAUGCUGUACCCUAUCAUCAUGCUGAUUGUGGACGAUGUUCUGUAUCUCCUGCUGGCUCUGUACUUCGACAAAGUCCUCCCAGGUGCAUAUGGUAAGAACCUGCCCUGGUAUUUCUGCCUGUCACCUUCCUAUUGGAGUGGGAGGAAGGAGAUAGAGACAGAGGCACCCAUGCCGGUCGGAGACAACGACAGCCUUGACAACGAGAAUGUGGAGAAAGUUCCUGCAGAACUUGCAAAUAAGGUCGCCAUCAGGAUUCAGAAGAUCAGAAAAGUGUUCAAGCAGAGUCGGAAGGAGGAUGUUAUUGCUCUGGAUGAUUUCUCUCUGGAUAUCUACGAAAACCAGAUCACGGCACUGCUGGGACAUAAUGGCGCCGGGAAGACAACUCUGAUCAACGCCAUUACGGGUUUGCUAUCGCCUACCUCCGGAUCAGCCACCAUCUUCGGCCGCGACAUCACCGUUGACAAUGACAUCGCUGACCUCCGAACCAUGACGGGGGUCUGCCCGCAACAGAACAUCCUGUUUCCAAAACUCUCCGUCAGAGAUCACCUGAAACUGUACGCAGCCAUCAAGGGGAUACCUGAGGACCAGGUGGAGUCACAGAUGGAGGUUAUUAUAGAGGAGGUUGACUUGAAGGACCAGGAGAACACCUACUCUGAGAAGCUGAGCGGAGGACAGAAGAGGAAACUGUGCGUGGGCAUCGCCAUGAUCGGUGACCCAAAGGUCAUCUUCCUGGAUGAACCGACCAGCGGGAUGGACCCGUUCUCGCGCCGGUCCAUCUGGGCACUGCUGAAGAGGAAGAGACAAGGGAAGGUCAUCCUGCUGACCACGCACUUCAUGGACGAGGCUGACAUCCUCGCAGAUCGGAAAGCCAUCAUCUCUAAGGGAACCCUGAGGUGUGCAGGCUCAUCCCUGUUCCUCAAGAACCGAUACGGUGUCGGCUACCAUCUAGGCCUUGUAACAAGUCUAAACUGUGACAGCGCCCAGAUCACAGCGAAGGUUCAGGAACACAUCCCCGAGGCUGAACUGAUUCGCUCACAUGCCAUGGAGCUGUCCUACACACUCCCUCUGGAGAGAGUGGAGAAUUUUGCAGACCUGUUCUCGACACUGGACAACAACUCGGAGACCCUGGGUGUGCAGAACUACGGCAUUUCCAUGACGACCCUGGAGGAGGUGUUCCUCAAACUCCGAGAGGAUGAGGAGGCUGACAACGGGGGCAAAUCCUCAAAUGGAGCUGUCAAAACUGAUGAUUUGGAGGUCCGUGUGGGGGAGACAGAAGUGGACAUGUCUCCAGUCGGACAGUUCACUCCCUCAGAGUACCAACUCCUCACAGGGAAGGACCUCACCAGGCGUCGCAUGAAGGCCCUUCUCAAACUCAAGUACACCAACAGCAUCAGGAGUGGAGGUCUCAUGUUUGUUAGGUUUAUCAUGCCCGUGAUCUUCAUGUUAGCUGGGAUUCUGGCGAUGAGAGCCCUUCAAUCUACACAGAGUACAGGCGUAAAUCCACUGCUGGAGCUCACACCUAACCUCUACCUGUCCUCACAACAGACACUGCUGUACCAGAACAGCACAGGGUCAAGUUUGCAAGAGUUGGUUGCCCAGUUUGGUAGCCUCAGUGUGAGCUCAGAACUUGGAAACCUGAGUGUUCUACCAGAGAGGGUCAUGCCCAAGUUACUUGCAGUAGAUGUGCAGGGACUGGACAUUUUACCCCAGACUGUUUCAGGAACGUUUACAGCCCUCUACAAUGACUCUGCCAUCCACUCCAUACCUGUACUUCUCAAUAUACUCAACAAUGCCUUAUAUGGACUGGCUUUGCAAAGUAGUGGCGAGUCUCCCUCUGGGAGGAUGAUCAGGCUCUUCACAGAACCUUGGCCACAGCUCACGAGAACAGUAAAAGGACGAGCCCAGCUGCGUGUAUCUGGGGUGACGUCUAGAGUGUACUGGGGAACUCUGUUCAUCUAUGACUGGGUGACGUUCAUGAUCCCAGUCAUUCUCAUGUUCAUCCUGCUGGCUGCCUUACAAUUGGAGAGCCUGAGCAGCCCAGGUGCCAUGGUGUCCCUGUUGUUGGUGGUGCUACUGUACGUCCCUGUGACAAUCCUGGUGGCCUACUGUGGCUCCUUCCUGUUUGAGAAGGCUGAGACUCUGGAUGCUGCCUUCCCCAGCAUGUUGAACAUGGCUGGUAUCCUGCCGUACUUCUGUAUCUGGCCGGUGGAUGGGUUUGCUCAGGCAACCACAGCUGCUACUGCCUUACACUACGUCUUUGUCAUCAUCGACCCAAUGUACACCAUCAUGGGGGCCCUGUACUGGAUCGAAAGGGUGAACCGGGUUGCUUUCUAUACUACCGGGGGAGGACAAGCAGCCUUCGCAGACUACUUCGAGUGGUCAGCCAACAUUUCCAUCUGCUAUGUAGUGUUACCGUUGCAGAUUAUCGGGUGGUUUUACUUUCUUCAGUAUCUGGAGAUAAAAAGCACCGGAGGAGACCCGUCUGAUCUCUUCAGAUUUGGUUCGGAGAAACCCACCAUGUCACAGACUGACAGUGGACACUCCAACAAGUCAUUCUCUAAGAUCCAGCCAGACGACAAGUUGAACGCAAAUGACAGCGACGUCCUUGAUGAACAGAGGAGAGUGGACACAUUUCUGGACAAUUCAGGAGCUAACACUGAGCCCCCAGCAGUGGUGAUACAGAACGUGAGGAAGACGUUUGUCAAAGACACAGCGGCCUGUGACUGUCGCAGGAGGAAGAAAGUGGAGAAGGAGAAGGUGGCCGUCCAGCACGUGUCGCUGUCCGUACAGCAGGGAGAAGUGUUCGGGCUGCUGGGCCCUAACGGCGCGGGAAAGACGACCACCAUGGACGUCAUCACCAGUGAACUGGCACCAACCAGAGGAAGGAUUGUGGUGGGAGGGUACGAUGUCCAGUCCAGUCUGUCCUCAGCCUUCCAGGCCAUGGGCUACUGUCCGCAGAUUGACCCCUUGUUUCCACUGACCACUCUACGGGAACACCUGGAGCUGUAUGGAACCAUCCAAGGGUUAAACGAUGAGGAUUUACAAUCUGUUGUCAAUUAUUUCAUAGAGGCAAUGGAGAUUGAAGAACAUCAAGACAAGAGGUCUCCAAAGCUGUCUGGUGGGACAAAAAGGAAGGUCAGCUUUUUGAUCAGCCUGUUGGGAAAUCCCAAGAUUGUGCUGAUGGAUGAACCGUCUACUGGUAUGGACCCUGGUGCUAAACGCUUCUUAUGGAACACCAUCAGUUCUGCGUUUAAUGACAGCAGCCGAGGAGCCAUCCUCACCACACACUCCAUGGAGGAGGCCGACGCCCUGUGUUCCCGAGUGGGAAUCAUGGUCAACGGUCAGCUCAGAUGUCUGGGCUCCACCCAGCACCUGAAGACCAAGUACGGCAGUGGCUACAUGUUAGAUGUCAAGGUCAAGGAGGACGGGAAUGCCAACGACCUUGAAGCAAGACUGGACGAGUUGGACACAUUUGUUCACGAGCUGUUUCCCAGUGCGGAGGAGGCAGAGCUGAUUGGUAACAGGGUGACCUACAACAUCCCGAAGGAGAACGUCAACUCACUGGCAGCUGUCUUCACAGCCUUGGAAGAAGGAAAGAGUAAUGCUGGGAUCGAAGAAUACACUUUCAGUCAGUCUACCCUUGAACAGGUUUUCCUGCGAUUUGCUCGUCUUCAGAACGACACGGGUGGAGUGGAGUCAGACAUCAAGAAGAAGAGCAUCAAGCGACAGCGAUCCCUCAACUCACCACGUCCUGGCAGCACUACUCCAGGACCUGUACCCAUCGAGGUGUAACAUGCAGAAGAUAUUGCUGCAUCCACCUAAUAUUACACACUUUAUGUAGUAGUAGUGGUGUGUUUAUACCACCAGAGAUUUUACAUGACAUUGUAUAUUAUGUACAUUUUUGAAAAUGAUGACUUAAUUUGGAUAUUAAAGGUGUUGUUAAGCUGCUGUAUUGUCAAAACACAAUUAAGCUACUAAUAUUACGUCGGACUCCAUAAUGUUGUGACAAUCUGUAACUGUGAUGUUAUGUACGAAUGUCCCAUUGAUAAAGCAUGGAUUGAUUAUUAUGCUCACUCAGG